UACUCCAGCCUUUAUGUUGUUGUGUCUGUAUAGUGUCUGUUUUAAAGCCCACAUAACUUCAGACAGUACUUUCUACAGUAGCCUAACUCUGUCGCUCAAUUCACAAACUUUCUUGUAUAAUAUUACCAACCUUUGCUGUCACUCGUUCACGUCGUUUUUUGUGUCACGGUACUUGUGAACUUUGGACUGCAUUGUUCUAUGAUUGCAGAAGGCAAAACCAAGUUAUUCAAAUACUAGAAAUCGAAACUGAGAGAAGCAACUUCGGGAAAAGGAAGAAUGAGUGAGUUUUGACAUCUAACCAGUCCCAUGGCGUCUGCCCUAAGCCAUCUCUCUCCAAUGUCUGUAAGAGUGAGAGAAGGAUGGAGUGAUAAUGGAAGAGGAGAGGAGCAGGUGGAGGAUGAAUUUGCGUGUUCCGGAGUGCUACGCGGUGCCCUGUGGUCCUUCCAUCUCUCAGUGGAGAGGAUAUUUGGGGUGUCCUUUACGAUCGGUAGAGAGGAGGAUGCUGUGUUACCCCAUGAUGGACAGAUCUGGCUCAAACUAAAAGGAGUGAGGAAGGACGCGGUGGCUGCCAAAUUGUUUGUGAAGGGAGUUGUGAACCAGGAGGCCCAGCAGGAGGUUCCAUAUCCAGGUGUCCUUCACUGUGUGUUCUGUGGAGCCCGAGGGCUGUUCAUGGAGUGCCUGAUCAGAAACACCUCUGCUUACAUACUGGUGGGUUCCCCAGGCUUCCUACUCAUCUCAGGACUGGCAGAACCAGUGGUCAGGGCCUAUUCCCUCAUCACAGACCUGGUGAAGAACUACGAGGUCACCCAGGGACGAAGAACCGAGCCUGGCGACAGAGGAUCAGGCGAGACCCUGGAUUCCCGUCGGGCCUUCAAAUCCCUGGUGGAGAGAUGGGAGGACAGGCACACUCUGGAUCUGCUGGUGCUACCAGGGGUGGUGAAGGAGACUCUACUGGAUCUGGUGAGGGAGUCUGGGCUGGGAUCCAACCCCGGUCCUGGGGGCUGGAACCUCAGUCUUGGGGGGUCUAGAGACAGAGCGGGUCUAAUGGACACUGAUAGCCAGAGACGAUGGGACAACCAGUCAGGCUUGGACAUACUAAAACUUAUGGAUACCAGAGUAGGGACCAGAGCUGGUGAGGCUAGGGACAUAGAGGGAAUGCAGGGGAUUUCCACAUCAAGGAGAAAACCUGUAAAUUCCACCCACAACCAAGACCCUGGUCUACGGAAUAUUGGGCAGCUUUCUCAACAAAAGACGUUCACUAGCUUACAUGUACAAGAAAGAGAGAUGGGCAAAGAUGGGUCACAGAGAGCGAUAGAGAAAGACGCAGCACCUCGACUUCCCAUCUUCCACUCUUUCCUUCAAACCGAGGUGGAGGGGCAAGGAUGUUCCCAACAGGAGGUAGAGGAUGAAGAACAGGGGGAGGAAGGAGAGGGGGAGAUGUUGUCAGUAGGGAGUAGGGAGGAGUUUGGGCUCUUGCUGAAGUUCUUCACGGCUAUGGGCUAUGCAGAAGAUGUGGUAAUGAGGGUCCUGGCCCGGACCGGACCCAGAGAAGUCUCCCAGAUUCUGGACCUGGUCCAGCAAGAACAUGACCGGACCGGUCUGGCCAUGAACCGCCCAGUGGAGAUGGAGCACACAGAGGUAGAGGAGAGGGAAGGUAAAGGAGUGAGAGGAAAGAGAAGCGGUAUAGAUGGAGGGAUGGGAGUGGAGCUGGAGGGAGGUGUGGAAGAAGGGGCGGGGAGUAGAGAGGAGGGGAGAAAAGGCAGGGAGAGUGGAGGGUCUAUCGCUAACCUGUCUGAGGAUUCACUGAAGGAAGGCAGGGAGAGGGUCGAGGGCGGCAUGGAGGGAGGCGAAGGGGGGAACGAGGAGGAUUUUGUCCUGGGAGUUGUGAAGAGGGCCGCAGCCAGUUGUGGAUACACAGAGGAGAAGGUAGCAGAAGUGUACAGUAUGUUACCUGAACUGUCCACACGCCAGCUACUCCUGGAGCUACAGAGGGAGGGAGCCAGAGAGACAGAAGCUGCAUCCCAGGACCAGGUACGAGACGAACCAAGAGAGGUGGAUGAGGCUGUCUCAGAGCUACAUAGAAAGGACAGAGCAGGAGACAGGAAGGAGGAGAGAGGUAGAGAGAUGGAGGCACCAUCACCGCAGUCCACUGCUACUGAGAAGAGAGGAGAAGAAAGAAAGAGUGUGAAAGGAAAGAGUGAAAGGAAGACCAAUGAAGUAGGAGUGACCGCGCCGAACCGAAUCGGCGAUGGUGCAGUUAAGGUUGAACCAGAUCUGGCUCAAUGGAAUGCCAUGACAAACCAGAUUCCGUUCCCAAUUCACAGUCACCAGAAGAAUCCCACACAGACACACACCCCCCAUCGAGCCAGCCCCCCUUUAGUCACAGGGCCGCCUCAGCCCACCUACCCCAACACACUACCCCCACAACCCACCUACCCCAACACAUUACUCGCACAACCCACCUACCCUCUCUUAUUUCCCCAUCAACUCGUUUACCCUCCCACCCAGCCACCCCAGACCACAUUACCCCCCACCCUUACCAUGAAUAACUCCUCAACAACCAGAGCGAAGGAGAAACGUGGUCUCUUUCCCCUAGCAGUAGAGGGAAGGGAUCUCCCAGCCCUAACAGCGGUGGCUGUUGAUAGACGAGUUCUCCCGACCAUGGCAGCAGGGGCUGUGGUGACAGGGCAACAGCGCUUCAUGGAAGGUCUCCAGACUCCAUUUGACCUCAAGCUGACCGACCAACCAGGAGACCCGGGACUCAGGAUGGUCAUUAUCGACGGGAGCAACGUUGCGAUGAGUCACGGGCUGGGCCAUUUCUUUUCGUGCCGAGGCAUCGCCCUGGCGGUGCAACACUUCUGGAACCGCGGGCAUCGCAGAAUCAGUACCUUCCUGCCCCAGUGGAGGCAGAAGAGAGACCACCGGGGCAAAGAGCAGCACUACCUUAGUGAGCUCCAGAACCUGGGUCUGCUCUCCUACACCCCCUCCAGAGAAGUCCAAGGGAAGAGGAUCAACUCAUACGACGACAGGUUCAUGCUGCAGCUGGCCCAGAAGACCGAUGGAGUGAUCGUGACAAACGACAACCUCAGAGACCUGCUGGAUGAGUCUCAAGUAUGGUGCGAAAUCAUCAAGAAAAGACUCCUCCAAUACACGUUUGUGGGGGAUCACUUUAUGGUACCGGAUGAUCCGCUGGGCCGAGGAGGACCCCACCUAGAUGACUUCCUACACUCCCAGCACAGGCCUCCUGUCCCAGGCAGUCACUCAUUUGCAGGCGUGGCAUCCUCCUUCCACUCUCCCCUAGCUCCAAGGGCCCGGACAGAGGUCCUUCAGUUCCGUGACUGGACACCAGGGGUAGUUGUGGAUCCAGAGCCCAGCCAGGCCAGGGGGAAUGGGCAGGCUAGGGCUGGACGCGGUGGCCCAGGGAUGGGCCUUGGUCUGGGGCUGGGAGUGAAGAGGAGUGCAGAAGAGACCUCCAGGCUUAGGGAGAGCCUAUCCCAGGUGUUCCCAGGACAGCAUAGCAUGGUUACUCUGGUGCUGCAGUGUAAUCCUACAGUGACUGACAUCAAUUCACUGUCACACUUUAUACUGGAGCAGGAGAGUGUAGACUGAGAGUAGUGUUUUUGUGUGUGUGUGUGUGUGUGUGUGUGUGUGUGUGUGUGUGUGUUCCAGAGAAGAAGAUGUAUUAAUGUAUUUUAUUUCAAUGUUUGAUUGAUAAGUCUCAGUUCAUAGACCGACGGGGCUAAACAUUGUUUCUUAAUCUCUUUGAAAACAGGACCAAAAAUCGAACCAUAUUAAUCUUAUGGACAGGGGUGCAACUUUCACUGGGUUUUUUAUAAUUGCAGUGUGAUACAAAACGUGGUUCCAGUAUGCUUUACAGUCAUGCAAAAGCCUCACAGCUGUCGGCUAGGCUGUUUUCUGGUUUCAGCUAGCUGGAUUUCGGUCUGCACAGUCAACACAGAGCAUGCAGACAGCACGUAUGAAGGCAAAUCUUCUGAAAGGCUGGCAUAUAGGACCAGCACAGGAGAGAUGAACAGAGGCAGCUUCUGUGUGUGUUGCAAUUUUUCUAAGAGUUGUAAAAACAAGCAGAACAGAAACUGGCUACUCCUUAGUUGACUGAUCUAGCUGUGAAGGUAACUGCUGUUUUACAUAAAUAAUAAUAUUCUCAGUGCAGCUAGUAGUGUAACUGGCAUGUUACGUUAGCUAAUGUUUCAUCACCUCUUGACUGAAGUGAAUGGACUGCUAGCGGCUUGUUAGCUCGCUAGUAUCUCCCAUAGCCAGUUCAGCUCUAGCUAGCCUCUAGCUAUCUGUCAGGUAGCAGUAUCUAACAGCUGUUGUUUGUUUGGAAAUGUUUUGUAGCUUUUGUUAUGUCCCGUUUCAACAGAAGUACAUUAAACUAUGUACUAUUGUACCAUUAGUUAGCAGAGCUAGCCAAAAGUUGGCUAAUGUUAGCUAGCUAGCUUUUUUUUGCCUAAAUCACAGCAGUCUUGAACCAACCGAUGAAAUCAGAGGCCAAAUGAUUGACGACAGAUAUUGUGAUGUUUUUUCAGCACAUUGUAUGUUUUUAUUAGUCAGUACAGCAAUGUAAUGUUAUUGAUCUGUCAGUUUCCCUAGCUAAUUCCCUACUUUUCACACUGACACAGUAUAAACAGCUCUACAGGCUGCACUGUCAUGGUGCACAGUCAGUACACAAUACUAUGCUCAUCAUGUCUUAGCAGGAUCAGAUGGUGACAGGUGUCCCUGCAGCAUUAGACAGCCAUGGAAGACUAGUCUAGAGAUCUCAGGUGAAUUUUGCAGUAUAUUUUAACCAUCAGUGAAUAAAUACAGUUCCAUCUUGAGUUGAUGAAUAGGCUAGUCUGGGAUCUGGGAAUAAUGGUAAUUUCAAUUGUUUAACCAUUGAUUCUAUUCUUGGUAUAUAUAUCAUGUAUAAAUGUACCCCAAUGUAAUUCUUUGUCAUGCCUCAUCUGAGCGGGAUCAGAUGGUGACAAGGGUCUCAUCAGGGUCAGGUAGCCAGGGAAGACCAGUCUGUGACGGAGCUGAGGUGAUUUAUUGCAGAUACAUGACUUCAUUAUCUCUGUGCAGCAAACACUGGACAAGCAAGACGCUUCAAAGAUUUGAACUAUUCUAAGACAGUCUGACAAGCCUUUAAAGUUGAUUUCCAAACUGUAUCAAGUGUUGAUAGAGGCUUUUCCCAAUGACACAAAACAUGCAAAACAAAAAUGUGAGGAGGCCUUAGAGACGCUAUUGAUGAUGAUGACUGGAUACAGAUAUGUUAGAAUGUUCAUUUCAGAAAGAAAUUACUGCACUUUAAGACCAUCCGUGGAACGUACUAUAUGCCAAUGAAACUGAAUAUAAUGCACUCAGAAAUGUAAUUAUUCUGCUGGAGGUGUAAAACACAAAAGGGGACAUAUUUGCUUAUGUUGUAGUCUUGUGAAGGCUGACUGAAUUCUGGCAAUGACUAUGUUCUUUUAUCUCAGGAUGUCUACAGAUUCUCACUUCCCCUUGUUUUUGUUUGCUCGGAAAUGUUGAUACUGGAGACUAUUGUCAGAAGAAACUGUGUAACCUAGCAUUUAUAGUGGCUAAGAAAUGCUUUGCCAUGGAAGGUUGGUUAUCCUCCCGAAAUGGAUGGAAGACAUGUCAAGUUAUGUUUCACUAGAUUGGAUUUAUUAAAAGAUUAAGGGUAUACUGUACAACUUUCAUAAGGUCUGGAUGCCUUAUAUGGAAUACUGACAAAAGGAGUCUGUAUUGAAAGCAUGCCCACGUCAGGGGAGAUACCUACUUAAGUCAACCCUAGCUGCUAGGCUGCUCAGUCCUGGCCAUGGGGGUCUGCCGUAAUGUUGGUUGUCUGGCCUUGGGCUAACAUAGCUGAAACCUAUAAGGAAUGUUUCCUAAAGCUGAGUGGAGUGUGUUGGUUUGGGGCGCAGCCGGAUGGUGGACCCCUAGGGGCAGGACCGGGUGACCCAGCUAUAUUGUGUGCAAGUAAAAAGAGCUCUACAUCACUAUUAGACCUUUUUUUUUUUUUACUAGGCAAGUCUGUUAAGAACAAAUUCACAUUUACAAUGAUGGCAAACUCGCAGCCAAACCCGGACUACACCCUAUGGGACUCCCAAUCACAGCCAGAUGUGAUAUAACCUGGAUUUGAACCAGUGACACCUCUUGCACUGAGAUGCAGUGCCUUAGCUUUAGAUGCCCCCAAAAAUGAGAGGACCCCCCCCCACCAAGUUAUGCCCCUGCCUAAGGAUAUUACUGCAAAAAUAGUUUGUACCCUAUUAUUUUAAUGCUUUAGGACACUGUUGUAUUUUGUGGAUGUGAUGACUAGUGUUGCUAAAUUCAAUGUACUUUGCUUUUAUUUAUUAAACAUAAUAUUACAGUAUGGUAAUAUAAAGUUGCUGAUGCUCAACUUCAAAUCAAACAUUUCAGACUGACAAUUUAGCCUCUCAACUUUCUAGAGUUUUCCCAGUUAGUUAACACUAUCAACGUUUCCCUUUACUGUGGGAAUUGUGAUCAAAUCAAUGCAAUAUUAGACACUGUCACUACAAAAUAACAAAACAUAAACUAUGCAAGAGAUUUUGGUAAUAAUGGUAUGGAAAUAAUAAUGCAGUUUCUUUUGUAAAGUGGUGUCUUGCAUUAGUCACCUUGUCUGAAGGACAAGUGGAUAAACAGGUUAAUUUCAAGCCCUGCAUGUUUUUUUUUUAAGUCUUAUGGAAUGUAGGUCUACAUUAAACACCACACAUUGGCUGCUUCUGUAGGCUGAACGAUAGAACAGCCAUUUCCAUGUUAAAAUGUUAUUGGAUGCUUUGUCUCCAUUGUUUUUGGUAGGCCUACAUUAUAAUCAAUUCACCACAGUAGCCUACUUGACCACUUAGGGGUACAGCCUCAGUGUUCAUGUUGGAGCGAACCAUUAAGGAGAGCUGAGCAUUAAAUAGGUCUAGUUGCCAGGCUGAAGUAGCAAGGACAUGCACAUUAAGAGAAGAUGACACCCAGGCCAUUUGACACCCAGGUUAUACUCUAUUUAUGAAAGAGUACAUUAACCAAGACAAUACGUACAUUUAUGACAGCUGGACGUACUAUGGUCAGCAGGAUACAGGAAGAAAGAUGGAAGCAAGAUAACUGAUGACUAACACGUGAAACAAGCAUGCAAUGCAUACAUUAUUUUAUUUUUAUUUUCAGGCCGUGAAAAGGGUUCUACCAUCGUUAUAACCUAACCAAAAGCAGAUGUGGGCGUGAACUAGCUCUGAGAUGAGACGGAAAUAAUGGAGAAAGGUCAAGGAAAGCUAUUUUCAUAUAGAGGGAGGGGACCUUAUUUGUUGUGCCAAGACAGAAUCGUAUAAAGGAAGGACUCUGUAAUAUGAGAAUUUAGUCUCUUUCCAUGGAGGGGCUCGGCCCUGUUAUGCUUGUGAUGGGGUCCUUCCAUGGAAGGGCUCAGUUUUGCUACUUUGUAUUAAAGUGUAUAUUGAAUUCACAA